AUGUCGUUUAUCCGUAAAGAGCACCAAGUUAUUGAGGUAGAAGAAAGAGAUCGGGAGUCUGUUAUUGUUCAAAAUCGAGGACGUCGUGCACUGACUCUUGAUAAAGAGGAUAUUCAGGGUCAGUAUGUCACUGAAGAAGAGGAAGAAAUAGAAGAUCAAGCGAAUGCGAAUGAGGAAGAAGUGAUAAAAGGAGAAGAACACACGUAUUCUCGUGGUCGUCAAGCGAUUCCCAUGGAGUCACCAGGUGAUGAUAUACGCAAGGAAGCACUAAUGCUGAAUGAUCAAGAUGAUGGAGAAGAUGCUGAAGGUCUGGCCAGUGUUGGUGUCCAAAGACUGCGUAGACUACAAGGCCGUCGAGGGUUUUUUCACUCAAAUGAUAAUUUCAACAGCUUUCGCUAUCGAUCGAAUGGUGGAAUUCUGCAACGAAUUAUACUGCAAAGACGUAAACGAGAGGACAGUGACGUGUUUUGGACGGCAAUUGGUGUGCUCACACUAUUAAGUUUUGCAUUCAUGUGCUGUAUUACCAUUUACUUGACGCAGACUGAUUUCUUUGAGUCCCAUCAGAAUGAUUUAUUUGGAACAACAGUGGACAACCGGUUUACAGUUGUAGCUCACGAUGAUGCAGAGAUCUUUCUUAAAAGCGGAUACUCGAAUUCAGUAUUUUCGGAAGGUAUGAUGGCUUUUAAUGACGGGAAACUGAGGAUAGGACGGCGUUCGUUCCACUCGGGUGAGACGCAAAAGUUUCAUGGCGUAUCGUUCUUAUCAAAUGGCACGGCGUUGUUUACGAAUCGAGUGGAGUCUCCGAUGAUUGAAGCAGACUAUCUAAGUGCCAGAAAAGGAAUACAGUUUGGUGAUGGCACGAUGAUGACUACAGCUUCUGGCAGUUUGGGUAGAGCGGAGGAGGAGGGCGACUUGAAUCUUGUGUCAAAAACUGGGUCUGUGGUCACAAGCGCAGGAGGCGAGCCGCUGCUCUUUGUCGAUCCAGCCGGAACUGUGACGGUGGCCAACACAAAGUCUGAUGAGCUUACAUCUGGUAUAAUACUGGAUGGUACGCUUGGACAAAUACGUAUCGGCAAUGAUUUUGUGAUCAAGCACAAGGACAACUUGUCCACUUUGUCUACACCUCAGGCGCUUCACCUGAAAUCGAGUUCAGUUUUUGUUGGUACGUCUACAAGUGGAAAAGUACGAAUCUCGGUUCCUGCUGCCAUUGAUAGUGGCAGCGACGAUGAUGAUGAUAAUCGCGCACGAGCAUUAAGACUAGCCGAUGACGCCGAAGAAAGCGAGAGUGUGAUACUUGAAGUAUCUGGACAAACAUCUUUGGUACAGAAGGAAGGUGGCGACAUACGCAUUAUGGGUGGCGACGGACUGAACGUGGGUGGUGACGUGAUACUGGUCGGAGGCCAAGCAAAUGCAUCGGGAUUGGAAUACGGAUCAGUUACUAUCAACGCUGGGCUGCAUCCAACGGACUCAUCGCUAACAGAGAUUGGAAGUCAUGGCUCGACCCACGAGGUUACUAUUCACGGUCUUGUGUCAUUCAAUCACAUAUCUAGUAUGAAUGAUACCACAAAGGUUAAAGUGGGAGGCGGUCGAUUUGAUGUGUCUUCGCAGCGGAUUGCACUUGAUAACCGAGCGACCAACUUAUCAGAACUUCAUGUAAACUCGAAUAAUAUCCAUUUGGGUUCGUCGUCACCGUUAAUACAAGUGGGUAAAAUGGGUUUGUCAAGGAUUAAAGUGCAGGGUUCUAGCCUCACUUUUGAUGCAACGAAAGGUGUUACUUUUGGCAAGAGUGCUUCGUCUAUUGGUAUUGGUGACACUGAGAUAUCGGGACAGAAACUGAAUAUGAAGUCGUCGGCGAUUCAGCUGGAUGCAUCACGCACACUCAGUAUAAAUACGGUCAACCGUGAAGCUAUGACAACCAUUUCAGGAUUGGUGCACUUCAACGGCAGUUCCAAUACAAGCUCCUUAUUGUCUAUUACGGGUACUGCUGUUAUGGCAAAUCCAACGAAGUUUCGGGUGGGUGCCCAAGGAAAGACGAGUGUCGCUAUCAUCGAGGCUACACACGUCACGAUUGGUGGACAUGGUGCCAAAGCCACGGUGCUUCCGCCUCCUGAAAGCAAGCUAAAUUUAUUCAGCUCCAGCAUCACAAUUGGCUCUACAGCAUCUGGAGUUUUAAUGAGGGGCAAGUCUGUGGUUAUGGACUCAACCGAUACGCUAACUGUUGGAGAUAAAGCAAACGAGAUUACUAUUGGUAGCAAAGACGUAGGCAACGUGAGCAUGAAGAGCAAAACACUGUCGAUGGCUGGAGCAACUACGAUCAAGGGUGUUUCUCUUGCUAUACAGUCAAGCAAAGUCGAUAUUGGUGGCAAGUCGACAAGCGAUAUCACGAUUGGUGCAGUAGAAGCAAACGUAGAUAUCGGUUCUCAAGCAAAGCUUGUAUCCAUUGGCGUGGACAGCACUACCGUAAAUAUCGGCUCCGACGCAACUGUGGUAAAUUUGUCAGGUAGUGUCAAGAUUAAUGGGAAAGAUUUGGACAGCCGUCGACUAGCUGUACAGAGCGAGACUGAAAAUAAACCUUUUGGGUAUCUUAACGCUGAUCGUGUUGCUGUGUCGGUCACGCAAACCGAGGCUUUGACACCAUUCGCACCUCAUUGGGAUACUGGAUAUUCAUCGGAGUCUUACCUGUAUCAAGUCAAUACAAACCAAGAUCGUAUGCUGUCUAUUGUUGCAUCUGUCAUGGAGAGUGACCAAAGCAAAGUAGAUUCAAAGCAUUUUCAGAUUUCAUUGCGCGCAUCCAGCGUUGUACUUGUAGUGCAAGGGGAAAAUGCAGCUGUUCAAACAAGCAAGAUCCGAUGUCAGGUCUAUCGCCAUGCAGCAGAGGUGGCAAAGACAAUCGCUAUGGAAGUGAGUGCUUUGAUUGAGCAUUGUUCCGGCACCACAUGCGAGAAUGGAAUCUUUCUUGGGCUACAAGGACAACAAAUUGUUCCUUAUCGUCUUGGUGACUCAUUUUCCACUCAAUGCACAGUCGCUUCCAGUGCAUCAGGGGAACUAUUGCUUCAAAAUAUUCAGUUCUCUUUCACAGAGCAGUAG